AUGGACGGCCCUCCCCCGCCUCCACCGCCUCACGGUGAGAAUCCGAACACCACUCACGGAUUCAAGAAAGGCUCCGGUCUUCCGGACGGAAACUACGAUAUUUUUAUCAUCCCACCUCAUUCCUCGGGUUCUGGUUUCCUAUACCUUCCCUCGUUACAAACUCACCGGAAUAGCUUCCUGGCCGGCGCUGUGUCCGCGCUAGUGGUGGUUUACAUCUGGCAGACACUGUCUCCCAUUGUAAAGGCAUGGUAUCUUGCGACAGCCGCCAAUGGUGGCGGAAUGGGCGUUACGAUGCUAGCGGCCAUCGUUGGCAUUGCGGGAUGGGGGUUUGGUGCAUAUCAAGCACAUGUAGCUGGUACAAACCGAGACUCCGGAGGAAGCUCUCAAUCCCGCCAGUCUGGGCCAGGCGGCCCUGGGGGACCUGGUGGAGCUGGAUUUGGAGGGCACGGAGCUGCCGGCGGUGGCGGCUCUUACCAUCAGUCCUCAGGUGCAGGCCCUGGCCCGGACUAUUCGAGAGGCCCCAAUUUCGGUGGGCCUAAUCCAGGGCCGCAAGGAACUUACGGCAGUGGCGGUAAUUACGGAGCCGGCAACGGCCCAGGAGGCCCGUAUCCCGGGAAUCAGUAUGGCGCUGGCGCCGCGCCCCCACCGUCGAAUGCCGACCCGGGUCCGGAGCAAGCAGAGCCAACUUCUCCCAGGAGCGAAAGCAAAAGUAAGAGUGGCGAAGAUUGGGAACGAGCUCGAGAAGAAACGAGGCGAAAGGAGGAGCUCAAGCGGAAGAUGGAAGAGUUCAAACGAAAAAGGGAAGCUGAAGCGCGAGAAAAGCAGAAGCAGCGGGAACGCGAGGCCAUGGAGAGGGAGCUUCGAGAGCGCAGAGAGCAGCUUGAGAGAGAGAUGGCCGCAGCAAAGGAAAAAGCCGAAAGAGAGGCGAGGGAGCGAGCUGAAAAAGAGGCGGCGGAAGCUCGAGCAAAGAUCGAGCGCGAACUUGCUGAAGCAAAGGCAAAGGCUGAACGUGAAGCAGCCGAGGCCAGAGAAAGGGCCGAGCGAGAGGCCGCGGAAGCCAAGACAAAGGCAGAGCGCGAAGCAGCAGAAGCUCGAGCUCAAAGACUUGCUGCUUUGGCCAAGGAAAGAGAGGCUAGAGCUAAAGCCAAAGCUGAAAAAGAGGCCGCAGAAGCAAAGGCCAAGGCCGAGAAGGAGGCCGCAGAGAAAGAAGCUGCCGCAAAGGCCGCUGCAAAAAGGGAGGCCGAUGCCAAAUUUGCCGCGCUCAAGGAAGCCGCUGCGAAGAAGUAUGCUGAAAAGAAGGCCAAAGAUGCGCAGGAAGCGGCAGCUAAAGAGGACGCAGCGGCCAAAGCAGCAAGCAACAAGUCCGCAACCGCCUCGACGGCUCCCAGGACCCCGUCUCCAAAAAAGCCAGCGUUUCCCGGCAGCGCCCGGACACCAACGACUGCCGACGAGGAUGAUGCCUAUUCCUUCCGGCCCUACGACCGACCCCGCAGACCGUAUGCGGGUACAUCGGGUUCCUCGGUCUAUUCCGAAUCUUCCUAUGCCCCUUCACAGUCGACAGCUCGGACAACUCCGCCACCUUCAACUCGAGGCGCCUACUCGACCAAAGAUCCGGACAAGAUUGUCAUCCGCGGCGUUUAUGCCUUCAACAACGCCUCCCUGCGAAGUCCUGUGGCGCAGUUGGUAUCUGGUCAAGGGAUGGUGACAGAUGGACUGGUGUUGCGCAUCACUACCGAGGGACUCUUCAUUGACGACGACAUCCGAGGUGUACCUCAGCGCGAAUGGGACGUCAAGGCCUGGACCAUGAAAUUGGUGGAGGUGUGGUGUCCCCAAUACGGAGCGACGGCGCAAGGCCGUCCGAACCCUAAGCCCGCCAACGUGUUCUUCCGGCGGAGCGCCAAUGAACCAACCCCGGAGGAGUCGGAUGCGAAUCUUGUGAACUUUUUGAAGGUGUGCAAGAACAAGUGCCGACUGGCAUCACCUGACGCGGAGGAGCAUGGAGGGCUGCAUGUCCUCCGCGCCAGCAUCCGCGACCAGGAAGGUCGUCGUUAUGUCUUCGUUCUGCAGGAGACUGAAGGGUGGAAGGUUGCCGUGGGCCUGCAGCGUCUGCGCAAGGGCACACAGGCCAGAGCACUGGGUGUGUUGGGCAUGGCCGGAAAUGAAUGCCGGACGCUGCUGGGGAACCUUGGUUAUGUUGCAUAG